GAUCACAUUGAAAACCAAAUGAAAUUAAUAAAUGUGCCCUUUAAUGACUGAAAAUAAUAAACUAGUUAAGCUAAAUGAAAAUACAAUCAUCUAUAUCCAAGUGUAUUUCUUUAGUGUGGUUGUCUGUUACUGUAUGUGUGCGCUCGAGCACGUGCAUUCUCCGCUCUGCCGCGCACUCCCGUCAUUUAAAAAUUAACGGUCAUUUCGUUUUACCUCACCGACUAACACAUUAGUUUAGCGGUUUAUUUAUUUUAAUUUUUUAUUUAAAACCGUACAGAUUUGAGAGUAGACUUAAUUUUCGUGAUUUUCGAUUGAUUUGACACAUCUAAAUCAACAGACCAUGAUGAAAGGACUGAAACUCAGGGCUUUUGAUUGUUAUAUCUAAAGACGGAGCCGCGCUAUACUUCUGUGGGGUGGAGCUACGACGCGAUGAAAGGAAACGAGGAUGCACAAAUAAGAAUUGAGAAGCACCCAUGGUGACCCAUACCCUAAAUGUGACCUCUGCAUUUAACACACCCAGUGAGUAGUAAACACACGCACAACCGGAGCAGUGGGCAGCUAUAACUGCAGCAUACGGUGCCUUGCUCAUUCCUGCACUGAGAUUCGAACCAGCAACCUUCUGGCCACGAGUCCAAGUCUAACCAUUAGGCAUAAGGCUUACAAGAAUAUUCUAAUUAAAUCAGCCAUCAAGUAUAGGUCAAUUACACCUAAACACAAUGACUGACACAAGCAGACAUAUACACAAUAACUGUGAUCAGACCCACAUAGGCUACUGGUACGAAUAUUUUUUUUUCCAUCAAGCUAUUUUACUACAUACGUUUUACUCUUCGUUUACUGUUUAACAUCCUGUUAAAUUUAAACUUGUUUAAACUAUAGUUCACAGGUUAAUACAAUUAAUGGCUUCAUUCAGUUUUGUGUUGCUUUAGUUGUGUUUGUACUGUACAUGACUAAUACACAAAAGUUAAUAUCAACUGGGUAAAAAACACAAUGUAAAAAAAUCGUCUAAAUGGUUAACAUGUCACUGCAAUUUCAGAUCACUCUGAAAUAAAUUGCAAUUAUCGUAAUAAAUUAAUGUCAGAGAGAUAUUAGAGACGUUAAUGUUGUCAGUGCGUCCUUACGCGAGCUCUGUGUUGACGUGGCUUUUCUCUCAGUAAUCCAUCCAGUUUGAGCUUGUGAGAGAGCUAAUGGGACACAGAGGAAAGUAGAGAAUGGCCUAAUCAAUAAAGUUAAGCGAAACAUCCUAAUUUCUUUUUCAGUGAAAAAUGACUGAAAGGAACCAGCACAACAGUUUACAAUUUACAACCACAGUGCAGCCACCCACAGGUGGUUGCAUUUACACUUUAGCCACCAACUCGGAGACUGAACAUUCUGAGGAAGAUGGUGAAACCUUUGAACUGCGUUCCAGAGGGAAGGACAGGCAUCACAGGAGCACAUCUACAGAUCGAAAGGACAAUAUUAUUUACUUGAUAAGGGACGUAAAAGAGGGAGAUACUCUGAUCGGUAUUUCACUGCAGUAUUUUUGCACUGUUGCAGACAUAAAGCGGGCCAACAAUCUUCUAACUGAGCAGGAUUUCUUUGCAUUGCGGGCCAUAAGGAUCCCUGUAAGGAAAUUUAGCUCUUUGACAGAAACCCACACCACCACUUCUCUCAAAUCCAGUUCGCCUGGUGGGACUCGCAGAAUCACAGAGAUCCCAAUUUCUGGAUCUUCCUUGGACUCUUCAUCAUCGUCCUCAUCAGUUGAUAGUGUGGAGUGCUUCCUGCAGGAGAAGGAUAAGGACAUUGAACUUCUUGUAAAGUCCUCUGCCCCUUCCAGGAGCAGCCUGAGUGAGGUUGUGUCCUCGCUGGAGCAGCCAGUUUUAGGUGACUCAGAUCGCAGGCCAGUCCAGAAGAAAGACCCAUACUAUGGGGCUGAUUGGGGAAUGAGAUGGUGGACUGCAGUGGCUAUCAUGUUGGUCGUUGGCAUUGUUACACCGGUUUUUUAUCUGUUGUAUUAUGAGGUUCUAAUGAAAGCAGAUGUUAGCCACCACACUACAAUAGACUCUAUUAGGCCUGGACCUACACAACCGGCUGUCCCUGAGCCACUUGUUUUACCACAGGCUAAUACUGCCUCUUAUCAGGACUCUCGCCAACAGCCUGUUAUUGAACAGCAACCUCUUAUGAACCACGAUGAAGAAACAUAGACGGGCAAUUACAUUAAACUGAUAAGCACCAGGGAAUCAUGUAUGGAUGUUAAAAGGAACACUUUAUUUUACAGGUAUAAUUGAACUUCAGUAUCUGAGGAUUGAUAAAUCAAAAAUAAUUCCAAACUGGUCUGAAUUUUUUGUUGAUGCAUUUUGCACAGUUGGAUGCUGGUUUUGUUGUAUGCGUGUCACUCAUGAGCCAUUAUAUAGCUCUGUACCUCUAUUAAGCUCAUAGUUUGCCUGAUGGGCAGACAUUUGAUAUAUAUUUUUAAAGAGAUUGCUGCCACUGUCUUGUUGUCAGGGAAAUAAACACUAAUUUAUUUAAAAAAAAAGUAGAAUCCAAAAUCAGUAUUGCUAAUGGUAACAAAGUUGCUGGUUUUCGUUUUUAAACUUUGCUUGUAUAAAACAUAACAGAACCAUAAAUGAAUCCUGGGUUUGUCUAGCAAGAGCACAGUGAUGAUUUGUAAAAUGGGCUCAGACAUGUGCUCACAAGUUGAGCAGAGAUGUAAACAUUUCUAUGAAACAUGGAGUACAGCGAUUAUUUUGAACAGUACGUGCCUUCAUCCUAUAUAAUAUAAAAUAAAGGAAAAUAAAGGAAAUAUAUUUUAGUAUCUAAA